AUGUCUUAUCAAGGUGGUAAUCCCGGUGGUCAUGAUGAUGGCCACAAUCUCCAACAAUACCCUCCAUCCACAUACCAUAUGCCUCCUCCCCGAGACUACGAUUCGGAUGAUGACCAAGAGAGAGUUCCUCUUAACACCGGACAAGCUGGGGGUCCUUUUCAAGCCCCUUUUGACGACCCGAUGAGUCGUUCAACAACACCAGGCGGUUCACAAAGGCCAAACACUGGCUACUCACUAUCUGAGAGCUACGCCGGUCCUCCGGGAGCGGGAGCUGAGGGUCCCGGAUAUCCUCAGGGUGGUGACCCCAAUGUUAACUUCAACAACCGUGCUCCAAGUCCAUAUGCUAGGUCCGAUACUUCAUCCACCGAAGCCUGGCGUCAGAGACAGGCCCCUACAGGAAUGAGACGUUAUGCUACAAGGAAGAUUAAGCUUCAGCAAGGUCAGGUCUUGGCUAUUGACUACCCAGUGCCAUCUGCUAUUCAAAAUGCGGUUCAGGCCAAGUACAGGCAGCCGGACGUUGAGGGUGGCAGUGAAGAAUUUACACACAUGCGAUAUACCGCUGCAACUUGUGAUCCUGAUGAUUUCACCCUGAGAAAUGGGUACAAUCUACGUCCUGCCAUGUACAACAGACACACUGAGCUGCUUAUUGCUAUCACCUACUAUAACGAAGACAAGGUGCUAACAGCACGUACUCUUCACGGUGUUAUGCAAAAUAUCCGUGAUAUCGUCAAUCUUAAGAAGUCAGAGUUCUGGAACAAGGGUGGACCGGCUUGGCAGAAGAUUGUCGUCUGUCUUGUUUUCGACGGUAUUGACCCCUGUGACAAAGAUACUCUUGACGUUCUUGCGACAGUCGGUAUUUUCCAGGACGGUGUAAUGAAGAAGGAUGUCGACGGAAAGGAGACUACCGCCCACAUUUUCGAAUACACCACACAGCUUUCCGUGACUGCCUCCCAGCAGCUCAUCCGCCCUCGUGAUGAUGACCCAACCUGUUUCCCCCCAGUGCAGAUGAUGUUCUGUCUGAAACAGAAGAACUCCAAGAAGAUCAACUCCCACAGAUGGCUGUUCAACGCCUUCGGUCGUCUUUUGAACCCCGAGGUGUGUGUGUUGUUGGAUGCUGGUACUAAGCCUGGUGCGAAGUCGAUCCUUGCCCUUUGGGAGGCUUUCUACAACGACAAGGACUUGGGUGGUGCUUGUGGUGAGAUCCACGCUAUGUUGGGUAAGGGAGGAAAGAACUUGUUGAAUCCAUUGGUUGCUACCCAGAACUUUGAGUACAAAAUCUCAAAUAUUCUGGAUAAACCCCUGGAGGCUGCUUUCGGAUAUGUCUCUGUGUUGCCUGGUGCUUUCUCUGCUUACAGAUUCCGUGCUAUUAUGGGUCGUCCUUUGGAGCAGUACUUCCACGGAGAUCACACCCUGUCAGCCCGUCUCGGAAAGAAAGGUAUCGAGGGGAUGAACAUUUUCAAGAAGAACAUGUUCUUGGCCGAGGAUCGUAUUCUGUGUUUCGAGUUGGUCGCAAAAGCUGGAUCAAAGUGGCAUCUUACCUACGUCAAGACAUCAAAGGCCGAAACCGAUGUACCAGAAAGUGCGCCUGAGUUCAUCUCACAACGUCGUCGUUGGCUUAACGGUUCGUUCGCUGCCAGUAUCUACUCCCUGAUGCAUUUCGGGAGAAUGUACGCCAGUAGUCACAACAUCAUCCGUAUGAUCUUCUUCCACAUACAGCUUCUUUACAACAUCUUCUCUGUCAUCAUGUCUUGGUUUGGUUUGGCGAAUUUCUGGCUUACAACAACUGUUAUCAUGGACCUUGUUGGUGACCCAAGUGAUUCGGAACGAACAAACGGGAGAUCUCCAUGGCCUUUCGGUGAAGCUACUCCGAUUUUCAACACCAUCAUUAAAUACACCUACCUUGCCUUCCUUCUGCUGCAGUUCAUUCUUGCCUUGGGUAACAGACCUAAGGGUUCGAAAUUUACUUACAUCGUCUCGUUCGUCGUCUUCGGUCUCAUUCAGUUCUACAUCAUUAUCUUGUCGUUUUAUCUUGUCGUAAAAGCGUUUACUGGAAAGGCUGGUUUCUCGGAACUCGAGGCGAGCAGUGUUAGCGAAUUUGUCACCAAGUUCUUCAACUCCAACACCGGUCUUAUCAUUAUCGCUCUUGCUGCCACCUUCGGUCUGUACUUCGUUGCAUCGAUUAUGUACCUUGACCCGUGGCACAUGAUUCACAGUUUCCCUCAGUACCUUCUCACAGUUUCCUCAUACAUCAACAUCCUCAACGUCUACGCUUUCAGCAAUUGGCACGAUGUUACCUGGGGUACCAAGGGUUCCGACAAGGCUGAAGUGUUGCCAUCUGUGGUCACGAAAGUAGCAGAAGAUGGUAAAGCCAAGGUUAUUGAAGAGCCCGACAAGCCGCAAGCAGAUAUCGAUCAGGCAUUCGAGGUUACUGUCAAGCGUGCUUUGUCUCCCUUUGUUCCUGUCGUUGAAGACGACAAGAAGACCCUUGACGAUUCCUACAAAUCUUUCCGUACUAGACUUGUAACUGCCUGGAUCUUCAUGAACGCUGGUCUUGCUGCUGUCAUCACUUCAGAUACCUUCGAUCAGUUUGGUUUCUCACAAGCAAACGUCGCCUCCAAGAGAACUGCCAAGUAUUUCCAGGCCUUGCUCUGGGCAACCGCCGCCUUGUCUUUAGUUCGUUUCUUGGGAUGUUGUUACUUCCUUGGAAGAGCUUCUAUUCUCUGCUGUUUUGCAAGACGUUAA